AUGUACCGCUCAAUCUUUACAAGGUCAAUCAACCUGACAAGCGAUGCACUUGGGCGAUGUGUCGAGAAAUACAUUGUCGAGACGCUUCAGAGGGCGACUCAGACAACACUGGCAUUGAAUUGGACCAUCUCCAAGAUUCUUUGCACCAGCAAACCAGAUCCAAAGAAUAGCAAAUAUAUCCUUGUCGAUGCCAAACCCACUGCAUAUACAUUCCAGGCACGACCAACCACGACACAAUUCAUCAACGAUACACUUUUCACUGGUGUCAACUGGAAUCUUGAUUCCUUGUUGGUGCCAACAUCUCCUAACUUCCCAAUUGCUGAUUGGUUCUUCUGGGACUCAAAGGGCAAACUGCUCACCGCAUGCCAAGUUACCAUCGGUAAAUCUCACAAGAACAAAUGGAACGGAUCCACCCUUCAGAAGAGCGCCAAGUCUGCAUCGAAUUACCUUCAAGAUCAGUUCAUGUGGUUCGCAACCGAUGAUCUGAAAUAUGCGGACAUGCAAUUCAACGAACAGCUGAUUGUCUUCAUCAACAACACCAGUAUCCAUAAUUCUUUUCCUCUUCUGGCGCAACUGAUACUUGACUAA